GAAUCAACUCAACUACAUCACAGAAGAACUUAGAAACCCUUUCAGAAACCUGCCCCUGGCCAUCAUCAUUGGGAUCCCACUGGUAACAGGCUGCUACAUCCUCAUGAACGUGUCCUACUUUACUGUGAUGACGGCCACCGAACUCCUGCAGUCCCAGGCUGUGGCCGUGACGUUUGGUGACCGUGUCCUCUACCCCGCCUCGUGGAUCGUUCCGCUCUUCGUGGCGUUUUCAACCAUCGGCGCCGCUAACGGGUCGUGCUUUACUGCGGGCAGACUUGUUUUCGUUGCAGGCCGGGAAGGCCACAUGCUGAAAGUGCUGUCUUACAUUAGCGUCAAGCGCCUCACUCCAGCUCCUGCCAUCAUGUUUCAUAGCAUGAUAGCGAUCAUUUACAUCAUCCCUGGUGACAUCAACUCAUUAGUCAAUUACUUCAGUUUUGCUGCAUGGCUGUUUUAUGGUUUGACGAUCACUGGACUCAUUGUGAUGAGGUUUACAAGGAAAGAGCUGAAAAGACCUAUCAAGGUGCCCAUUUUCAUCCCCAUCUUGGUGACUCUCUUAUCCGUGUUUUUGGUUUUGGCCCCAAUCAUCAGCGCACCUGCGUGGGAGUAUCUCUACUGUGUGUUGUUUAUGCUGAGCGGCCUUGUAUUCUAUUUCCUUUUUGUCCACUAUAAGUUUGGAUGGGCUCAGAAAAUCUCAAAGCCUCUCACCAUGCACCUUCAGAUGCUGAUGGAAGUCGUCCCACCAGAGGAAGCUCCAGAGUAACAAGCUUGGCCUCUUGUGCCAAAUCCAAGCUGUGAUGAACUUAUUUUUGUAAGCAAUAUUUGUGGUUAUCUCUUCCUGAUGUUUUUCUUAAGGAAAAAAAAACAAACAUA